AUGUACUUGUCUCUCCUGCUGACGCUCUAUCUGUUACACCUCUCCUUUGUAGUACGCGCUCUCGGUCACCACGACUGGUCUAAUCAGACACUCUGCUCAGCCAAUUCUUUCCAGAUCGCCAACAACGGCACCGACAGUACCAUCUGGCCAUGGCAAACUUACAGAUCGUCCAAUGCCACACCUCCAAUGCUCCAGAUCAACACCACUGGCAAGAAUUUGAGCCCCGGUCUCCUGUUCUUUACCCCGUUCGACGGUUCCAGCACUCCUGGCGCGAAAGAACAAGUCCUCAUCGUCAUGACUGACAAAGGCGACUUGGUUUGGAACGGACCGGAGCAACACAAUGCUGACCUACGUGUCCAGACAUUCAACGACGAACCAGUCCUGGUCUACUGGUCAGGCGAAGGCACUGCCGGCACUUCUCUGGCAGUCGGACACGGCUACGGCGAAAUUGUUGUCCUCGAUAAAAGUUAUCAAGUCACACACACCGUGUGCCCGAAUCUCGACAUCACUCUUCCCCCCGGCGCGACGGCAAGAUGUGCUGUGGAUGUUCACGAGGCUCUGAUCACCUCACGGGACACGAUGCUUUUCACGGCGUAUAAUACAACCCCCUUCGACCUGUCCAGCAUAGGUGGUCCGAGGAAUGGAUGGGCACUGGAUUCGCUCGUCUUUGAAGUCAACAUAACCACGGGCGAGGUAUUGUUCGAAUGGAGUCCUCUCAGACACCUACCACUUAACAGUACACACUACCCUCUUAACGGUGCCGGCGUCAACGCAAGUGUACCGUUUGACGCCUUUCACGUGAACUCUAUUCAGCUCAUCGAUGGUGGCCACUACCUGAUCAAUUCGCGCCACACCUGGUCUACCUAUCUAGUUGACACUGACGGCAAAAUCAUCUGGGAAAUCAAUGGUCUUGACGGUGGAGACUUCGGGAAGCUGCCAGAAGGUGCUUCGUUUUCCUGGCAACACGAUGCCCGCUUUUCCUCCAUCAACCAGGCUUCUGCGUUCCUCACGUGGUUCGGGAACAAUAACGACGAGUUCACCUCUCCGAACGACCUGCGACCUAGCACGGGUCUCAAGCUACAGGUCAAUCUCCCUCCCACUCGAGACUCCCCACCAACGCUGAUCAACAACUUCACCGACCCCCAAGACACCAUCGGGUCGUGGUCACAAGGCUCAUACCAAGAGCUCCCCAGUGGCAACGGGUUAUUAGGGUACGGUGCGACAGCCAGGGUCGCCGAGUACGCCCCGCCCAGCUCGGCGAAAACUUCCCAGGGUGAGGUCGUCUGGUCCGCUGCAUUCGGGUACGGUGAUCUCGUGUCGAGUUAUCGCGUGUCCAAACAGGAAUGGCAUGCCACCCCCGCAGCAGACGACCCUAGCCUCGUCGUCCUCGCCGCCGAAGCCAACGAUACCCUGACGCACUGCGCGGGAAGUUCGGUCUGGAGAGGUUACGUGAGCUGGAAUGGCGCCACCGACGUGACGAGUUGGGAGAUCUACGUCGUCGGGACCAGCAACACCUCGAUCAUGCGGUCGAUCGGACAAGUCGAGAAGAUGGGGUUCGAGACCGAGUUUGUCGUCCCGGUAGGAUCGGCGUACGUUCAAGUCGGUGCGGUCGAGUCUUAUGGUGCUCGGGUGGUGCGGAACUCGACGGCGGUGAAGGUGGGAAGUUGGAAGAUGCAACAUGUCACUUCUUUACGACUGGAUCGAACGCAGUUUGAUAGGACUAAUUGA